CCUGACCUUGAAUAUGGGCGUUAAUAUGAAAGGCAAACGCACGACCAAGUUGCGUGGUAAAAAACAAAGUAAGAAGCAGGAAGUUGAUGAGGAAAUAGAGUCCGAAAGUGGAGCUAGUUCCAUUGAAUCUGGAACGGAGUCUGAUAUUUCAGUACAUGAAACUGCUCAUGAAAAGAAAGUACGACUCACAAAGAAAGCUAUUCAAAAAGCACUUGAGACAGUUGGUUCGGAUGAUGAAAAGUACGAAGAACUUUCUCUGCGUCUCAAAGAAGAGGCAUUGCAGGCAAAAGGAAAGUUUUUAGCGAAGUUCGCCCAUCAGAUUAAAUGCUUGGAUAAGGAGGGAAUCAUACUGCUUAAAGGUCAUAGAAAAUCUGUCUCAUGUGUCUGUAUUUCUGAAGAUGCAAAAUAUGCCUAUACUGGGGGAAGAGAUUCUUCUGUAAUUAAAUGGGAUCUAAGCACUAUGAAAAAGUUGUUUACUAUGCCUGGAGGGAAACGCGGAACCAAAUAUCCUUAUCAUACGGGUCCAGUUCUCUCCAUCUCUUUAUCUAGUGAUAAUAAAUAUUUGGCUUCCUCCAGUAUGGAUCAUUCUGUUAUCAUAUGGAACCCAAAAGAGAUGGAAGUUUUCAUGAAACUAUUGCACCAUAAAGUACCAGUUACAGCUGUUAGUUUUAGAUAUCAUUCACACAUGUUAUUUACAGCAGAUUGUUCUGGUCGUGUUUGUGUUUGGAAUAUGCCUUUAAAACAAGUUUUACAAGAUCAAGGAGCAAGAACAAAUAUUGAAGUUUUAGGAUUAUGUGGUCUAGUAUCUGAACGAUGUGUUUCAUGCUCUGGGUUCGGUGGUCCUGGUGUGUGUGUUUGGAAAGUUCCAGAAGAAAUCUGUGUACAGUAUAGCACAAAAAACACAUUAGAAAGUUCGGUAGAAUGCAUUUAUGCAGUGAAUGAUGAAAUUUUCAUUGGAGGUUCUUCUACAAAUACAAUUUAUAUUUGGCAUUCAAGUAGAGGUAGUCCUGUAUAUACUGUUUCUCCUGCUCAUCCUGUGGCUAAAUUAUGUCCACCCUCGGAAUCAGAGCCAUUUAUUCGACCAGUUGCAAAUUGGGUCUCUGCAAUUACUGGUCUCUAUGGCACUGAUCUGAUUGCUUCAGGUUCUUCAACUGGGCAUAUCCAAUUUUGGCGACUUGUUCAACCACAAACAGAACGUUCCAGUGAGGCUAAUAAAGUGCAACAACAACUACGGACACAAGUCAGUAUUGAACGUAUACCUGGUUUGAGUAUUUCAUUGGGUGGUUUUAUCAAUGGAUUAGCUUUCUCUUCGGAUCGUCGAUAUUUAGCCGUUUGUUUAGGUCAACAACAUAGAUUUGGUCGUUGGGAGCCUAGACGUCAUGUCACAAAUGGUUUAUUGCUAAUUCCAUUGAAUAUAUCCUAG